AUUGCCACACUUUUUCAGUAAGGCCGGUAUUGUUAUUGUAAGGAUGACAAAGGGUUAUAUUAAAAGGGUACAGUUUCACUAUGUGGCCUAUAUUAUACACACAAGUGUGGUAGUUUCGCAAUGAGGAUGUUUAUUACCGGCUCUACGAUAUAUGAAAGAAGAUCAAGAGUAGUGACAUAGUUUGUUAAGACUUUCAAGACCUAUUCCUCAACGUAAAUUUUGCUUUUAUUUUCAAGGUGGGUCGAGAUACGAAUCUCAAUUACCCAGUGCUCCUAAUAGUAAUGUAUUCGAAUGUUUAAUUUGCUGAUAUAAUUAUGUAUUUGCUUAAAGCUUCAUCACUUUCGGUUUGGUUUUAGAUUUUUCUAACCUUCAUACAUCAUCGACAGGUUCAAUCUUUUUAAAUCAAAAUGUUCUUACAGGUUCGCACAUUAGUAUUGAAUUAUUGGUCAUUACCCGGGUUACUUAAUGUAUUGUUGAUGUCAAUUCCUUAGGGUAAACCAAACAGAUUGUGACGAUAAUAGGUUGUGACGCCGAUCAAUUCUCUAAUUAAUUUUCCACUUAGUGUAAUGAAAUGCUUCACAUUUUUAUAUAAAUUUUAUUUCAGAAAGUGUUAUUCCUUUCCAUUCAGCAUUUAUCUCAUACAAUGGCGGGGACUUUAAGACCUAAACUGAUAGUUUUUGAUUUGGAUUAUACACUCUGGCCAUUUUGGGUAGAUACACACGUAACGCCACCUUUUAAAAAACAAAGUGAUGGUAAAGUGUAUGAUAAGAGUGGAAAACGUGUUAAAUAUUACCCAGAUGUCCCGGCUAUGUUACAAAAAUUACAUUCUGAGGGCUAUACACUAGCCGUAGCAUCACGAACUGGUAGUAUAACAGAAGCUAACAGUUUAGUCAGCUUGUUUAAAUGGGAUAAAUAUCUUAAAUAUAAAGAGAUAUAUCCUGGUAGUAAAAUUGCACAUUUUAAGAAAUUUCAGAGCAACAGUGGCGUGGCCCACAAAGACAUGUUAUUCUUUGAUGAUGAACAUAGAAAUAUUGUUGAGGUUGGAGCACUAGGAGUAACUUGUGUUCAUGCCGCUGAUGGAAUGAAAAAUUCGGUACUCCAACAAGGAUUACAAAUGUUUCAGAUGAAAAAUUCUUGACGAACCGUCCAUAGUAGAUGAAUUAAAAUAUUUUAGAUAAAUGUAUAUUUUCACCCUAAGCUUGUUGCUUAACUACAUGACCUGUAACAGAUUUUAUAUUUUGAGGUCAUGCUUGUUUUAUUUAACUCAAAUGAACGUUUUUAAAUGAUAUAAGGAUCCGAAGAAUUGUCAUUUGAAAUAUUCCAGACAUGAUCAUCUUAGUGUUUUUUUUUUAUAUAAAUGUCAAUGAAUUUAUUUUUAGCGUGAACUUUUUGUAUAUUUUACGUUUGAAAUUUUUUUAGAGUUAAUCAUUGUGAAAUACUUCUUUUAAUAUAAUUUCCGUUUGACAUAUCAAAUGUUACUAACUGAAUUAUACUGCCAUAUUUCUAAUAAAUUUUUAACCUUCUGUA